AUGUACCUGCACGACAAGGCCCUGGCUGACGCACCUGCCUCAGUGGCAGCUGAGCACCAGCUGUCUAUGUCGCCAGAGACUGUUUGCUUGGAGGCGAAUCCAGAUGCUGAGCAGAUUGGCAAGAAGGCUGCAGAGAUGGUGAUGCCUUCCUAUUACAUUUCUGUCACUGGAGACGUGAUUGGAGAUCCUGCCUACACUCCAGUGGUGCACGACCAAGUGGUUGACCUGAAGCUGAAGCUACGUAGUUGA